AUGAGAAUAAAAUUCUUUAAACCCAAUACUCCCGAAUUAGUAGACGGAGAAGACUUCAGUUCAGGGACAAUCAGAAACGGAAGUUGGAGAAGCAUUCCUACGGCAGGAGUAGACGAAUUAAUGACACCGCUAUCUUCUAACAACUAUUCACAAAUGCAAAAGAUCUGCGCGAUAGAUAUGCUGACUAUUUUGUCGGACCAGGAAAAGUUUCAUGGCAAGAUAGAAUGA